CGCGUCUUCGACACCCUUCCCACAACCUCCGAAACUCGAUUUGCCUGAGGGUAAUGGAUCAGGCGAUUGCAAACUCGUGAUCGCAAUGGCGGAAACGUCCACAUUAACCAUCACCAGGCCCCCUCCAAGCAUUAUCAAGCAAGCCCCAGCCCUCCGUGCAAGAGAUCAAGCCAUUCUCGAUGGCGUGCCAAAAACGAAAGAGCUGAGAGACUGGAUUUUGAAGUUCCGCGCCCUCAAAACGCCCACAUCUCUAUCCUCCCGACGCACUGCCCCUUCGAUAAGACCGAGACUCGAAGAGGCCAAAAAUGACAGCGGGCAAUUAUCCGAACCAAACAAGCCCAAUCCACCAACGGUCUCCUCAACAUCGACACUAAACGACACGGCAGUCAAGAAUGGGAUAGACUUAUCGAAGGCCCACAAUAGUCAAGAUUCGGGGGUCUACGUCAAUGACGACACGAGAGCGUCCAGCAACAGUACAGGGACGACGAGGGCCUCAACACGCGCGUCGUCCAGCAGUGUUGUGAACAGUCCGUACCAGAGACUGCUCGUGCACUGGACCAUUUGCUCGAGGUUGCCGAAGCUCAGCCACCCCCAAACUCGAGUAAGGCCAAGGGCAAGGAAGUUGACCGCGGGAUACGAUCCGCUAGAGAUGUGGACAGCAAAAUUCCCGUUUCGGUUCCGAUGACCAGGCUACAGAAGCUUGCAACACUGAACUUUGUGAGCCAGAAAGAGCUAGCAGCACGGCCUAUUCCCGUGGGCAACGCCGAGAUUAGCAAGUUACGUGCCUUAUCGGCAUUUCUGAGCCCCAUCAAAGACCAAAUCACUCUAUUAGGCAAGGAGCUUCCUAGAUGCAGACACCACUUGGUAGAACUUGGACCACAGCACGAAUCCUCAGGACCUUCCAAAGUCUACAUCUGCAUCGAGGGCCUGACCAACCCAGCCGACAUUAAAUUAUUCCAUAAGGUGAUGUCCCAGACGCGUUACAGAUAUCUCUACGAACCAUGGGGGCUCUGUUAUGAGGCCCUGAAGAUUUCUCGCCGAGCCGCUGAUCACCAUGUCCUCCAACUCCAAGGGAACGGG